GUUGCGCAGAAUCUUGUUUCACGAGUGUUUAGAGUUAGACGAAGCGUAUUUAAUUGUGCGUCAGUCUGAAAAGAGACCUUGAAAGGUAAUGUCGUCAACAACGUUUUCAGUUUUUUUCUUUCUGACGAGAGUGAUCAUUCUAAAGUAUUUCUCCGCGAUCGAUGCGUCUAUAAUUGAAAGAAUAGAUGUGCCGUCAGUUGUACAUAAUGGUACUGGACCAAUCAAGCUUUCUUGUAUUUACAAAAUCGAUGAGAACGAGAAUGGUCUUGUUGUUAAAUGGUACCACGAGUUGGACCAAAUCUAUCAAUGGAUACCUCCCUUGCCACCUCAAGAUACGGGUAUAAUUGCAAACUACACGAAAUAUCCAGCGGAGAAUUUGAGACAACCAGAGACACGAUCGAUAAUCUAUUUAAAAAUGAUUACUCUUGACAUGAGCGGAGAAUACAUGUGUGUUGUUAAAACAUUUCAUAGCGAACACACCAAAGCAGCCAAAAUGAUUGUAUACGUCCCGGAAAGCAGCGCAAACAUUUAUGUCUCCCGUUUUAAUGAUAGUCAUAUUAACGUUAAAUGUAUAGUCUUAGGAGCACAACCUAAGCCGACUUUGGUAUUUUAUAUCGAAGGGAUUAAAAUCAAUGAUAAAUUCGACGAAUCAUUGAAAAUUAUUAACGAAUAUAGGCAUAAUCUUUCCGUAACACGGAAUAUUGUUUUAAAGAAUAUAAUGAAUCCUGUAUUAAUAGAAUGCGAAAUUUCUAUUUCUGAAACAAAUUACAAAAGAAGGGAAAAGAUGGUUUACUAUCCUGAUUAUAUAAAAAAUUAAGAUAAUGAAUUAU